AUGCAGUACAAGUCUCUCGCAACCCUCCUCUUUGCCAGCAUGGCUAUGGCCGCCCCAGCCGACACCAGCCUUGAACCUGAAACCGGGGACUCAGAAUUGGGUUUCGAUAUGCCUCCCUCUAUCGCCGUGGUUCUCGCAACCGCCGUCCCAACCUCAUUCUGGGCCGAAGCCACCAACACCGCUGAUUUCCUUUCCCAAGUUGAGCAAGGAAUCGUCUCAAACUCCUGGCCAACUUGGUACAGCGGUCUUCCCGAUAGCGUGAAGGAGUAUGUUACCACUGCAGUUGAGGACUACUAUCCUUCUUUCGCGUCGUCCAUUGCUGCCCAGAUCACCGGCUCUGGCGCGAGCAGCUCCAAGCCUAGCAGUGCCGAGGCCACCUCCACCGCCGCCUCCAGCUCUGGUGCUUCGUCUUCUGCUGACUCUACUUCUGCCGAUUCUUCUUCUACUGUCACAGACUCAUCGUCCUCUACUGCCACCGGAUCGGACGCUGCUUCGUCCUCGGCUUCGGCUUCGGCGUCCGGCUCUGCUGCAUCCAGCACUGCUGAUGGUGGUGCCGCCCCUACCGGUAUCGCUAUGAGUCUUGCUGGUGCCGCUGGUGUCCUGGGUCUUGCUCUCGCCUUGUAA